AUGUCGACCGUGGUCAAUUAUGAAGGGGCUGUCGAAAAGAUGAAUGUUGUGCUAAUGCGCAAAUUCCGUGAAUUUGCGGAGACGAAAAGGCUCGUUCAGCUCCCGGUUUUCCUACAAUAUUACGCCUUUGAUGUCAUUGGUUAUAUCACGAUGGAUAGAAAUUUCGAUAUGAUGGAGACAGAAAGGGACCGUACUGGUUUCCUACACAAAAUCAAAUUUGCCACGGAACAUCAUAUGACAUUUGGUCCCUUUCCUUUCUUACAUGUUAUACUCGCCAGGGUUGCCGCCUUGCUUAAGAUGAAAGAUCCGCAUAAUGAGUUGUUCCGGUUCAUCGCGGAAUCGAUUCAACGGUUUCGCCGGGUCGGCUCAGAGCCCAGUGAGAACCCAAAGUCUGAACCGUUCCUCGCCAAACUUUUGGAUCUAGAACGGAAAGGGAAAAUUGAUGAAGGAUCGAUUUUCAGUUCAUGUGGUUCGAACAUCAUCGCUGGGUCUGAUACUACAGCCAUCACUCUAAGUGCGGCUUUCUACUAUAUAUACCGAAACCCGAUGGUUCUCAAGAAGCUCCGAGAUGAGAUUGAUGCACACGAACGCGCAGCACUGUCGUCGAACCCAGCUAGAUUCAAAGAAGCGCAGCAGAUGCCAUACCUACAAGGAAUAAUUAAGGAAACGCUUAGGAUGCACCCGGCCGUGGCCCAAAUGCUACCACGAGAGGUUCCGCAAAACGGUGUCCUCCUGAGUGGGUAUAAUUUUCCAGCCAAGACACAGGUCGGCAUCAGUGCAUGGGCAAUCCACUAUAACCCAGACCUGAUUGAUUCCCCGCGAGUUUUCCGUCCUGAAAGAUGGCUCGAGGACAAUGGAAACACGCAGCUGAGUUCGGCCUUGAAUUUUGCGUUCGGCGGUGGCUCGCGUGUCUGCCUCGGCAAGAAUAUCAGUCUGCUUGAGCUGACCAAAGUCAUCCCGGAGGUGGUCCGUCAUUUCGAGAUUCGCUUCGAAAAUCAUAGUCCGCCGUGGGAACUUGACGUAGGCUGGUUCACUUGGUUAUCGUACAAGUGCUGGAUUGAAGAGAGGAAACCUGCGAAGGACUAA